AUGUACGGCGAUGGUGACCGUGAAUCCGAAUCUGAGAGCACCAGGAUGUACAACGAUGAAGACGAAGAAGACGAAGAAGGUUCCUUCAAGAGCUGGGCAAAGCAAACACAAGAAAGUUAUCAGCUACAGCUCGCACUUGCGCUUCGCAUUUCAUCUCACUCAUCUUCUCCCUCUCAAUCCAAUUGCUUGUUGGAGUCUGAAACCACCUCUUCUCCUUCCGAUUCUCCCCAAUCACUUUCACACCGUUUUUGGGUAAAUGGUUGUUUGCAAUAUUCUGACAAAAUUCUAGAUGGCUUUUACCUAAUCCAUGGGAUGGAUGCAUAUACAUGGACUAUAAGCACCGAUAUGCAGAAUGUUGGUGUGAUUCCGUCAAUUGAAUCACUCAUGUCUGUUAAACCAUGUGAUAAUUCGUCAAUUGUAGUGGUUUCUAUGGAUAAAUCUAGAGACCCUGCCUUGAGAGAACUUCAAACUGGGGUAUUAAGUCUUUCGAGUAACUGGAUUACAAUUAAAGAUGCAACUGAUCAGCUUGCAAAUCUUGUUUAUAAUAGGAUGGGAGGAGGAUCUUCCGACGAAGAAAAUUUAGGUACACGCUGGAAGGAAUGCUCUGAAAUUCUUAAAAGCUGUCUACAGUCUAUCAUUCUUCCAAUUGGAAGCUUACCUGUUGGCCUUUGUGUCCAUCGAGCAUUGCUGUUUAAAGUGUUAGCAGAUUUAAUCAACCUACCGUGUCGAAUUGCUAAGGGCUGCAAGUAUUGUAGGAAGGACACGGGUGCUUCUUGUAUAGUGCAAUUUGGUUCUGACAGGGAGUGUAUGAUUGAUUUAGUAGGAAGGCCUGGGGAAACAUACCAACCUGAUUCUUCAGUGAAUUCUGCAUCUUCGAUGUUGAUCCCUUCACCAUUAUGUCAUCCAAGGUUCAAGCCAGUUGAAACAGCUGAUUAUACAAAGGCAAUGGCCCAAUUGUAUUUCCUGGACAAUCAAGCACUGCAUCUUGCAUUUGAUACCACAUCAGGUGGUACUGUUGAUUGUAGUGGCGAAAUGGAUCUACAGCAAACUGAAAUGUUUGGUACAAACUAUGCUGGGGGCAACCACCAUAUAGUCGCUUGGAGUCCCGGCACAGAGGAACAUUUGUCUUUCAAUGAAGCAAACCAGUCAGGAGUGAAUUAUUCAAGUCAUGAAGUUGACCUUGAGGAGGAGGAUCUGGACAUUCCGUGGAGUGAACUUAUUUUGAAAGAGAACAUUGGGACAGGGUCAUUUGGAACUGUUCUUCGUGCGGACUGGCGUGGCUCUGACGUUGCUGUGAAGAUACUUAAGGUACAAGGUUUUGAUUCUGAACGAUUUGAAGAGUUUCUAAAGGAGGUCACACUCAUGAAGCGCCUGCGUCAUCCAAACAUUGUACUUCUAAUGGGUGCCGUAAUCCAACCACCAAAGUUAUCAAUUGUAACAGAAUAUUUAUCAAGAGGAAGUUUGUAUGAACUUCUGCAGAUGCCAAGUGUUGGAUCCUCAAUCAGUGAGAAGCGUCGUAUAAGUAUGGCAUAUGACGUGGCAAGUGGAAUGAAUUAUCUUCAUCAAAUGAAACCUCCUAUUGUUCAUAGAGAUUUGAAGUCUCCAAAUCUUUUGGUUGAUGAUUCAUACACUGUUAAGGUAUGUGACUUUGGCCUUUCACGUACAAAGGCAAAUACAUAUCUUUCAUCUAAAACAGCUGCUGGAACUCCUGAAUGGAUGGCACCAGAAGUCAUCCGAGGUGAACCGUCAAAUGAAAAAUGUGAUGUAUUCAGUUUUGGUGUAAUCUUGUGGGAACUGGUGACCCUUCAACAACCAUGGAGGCAGUUAAAUCCUUCGCAGGUUGUUGCAGCUGUUGGUUUUAUGGACAAAAGGCUAGAUAUUCCGAGGCAUGUGAAUCCUCAAGUGGCUGCCUUGAUUGAGCUCUGUUGGUCUGUGGAUCCAAGGAGGCGGCCUUGUUUCUCCUACAUUAUGAAAUGUUUGCUGCAAAUAAUUGCCGAUGCUAAAGUGUGA